UGACUAAUUGUUUUCGUGGUGGUUUUAUUUUGUCUAGGCACAACAAGACCGGACCGAUAAUGUGAUGCUUAGAGCAGAAAAUGAUAGCCUGAAGAACGAGAAUUACCGGCUACAGACGGCGCUGCGCAAUGUUAUAUGCCCUAAUUGUGGAGGACCAUCUAUGAUUGCGGACAUUGGCUUGGAUGAACAACAACUUCGACUUGAGAAUGCUCGACUCAGAGAAGAGUUGGAACGAGUUUGUUGUCUGAGUUCACGAUAUACUACUGGCCGGCAAAUCCAAACAAUGGCACCUGGAGAUCCUCUCAUGUCAGCAUCCAGCUUGGAUUUGGAUAUGCACAUCUAUUCAAGGCAUUUCCAAGACCCAAUGACUUCUUGCGGGGACAUGAUCCCCAUGCCUUUGUUGCCACCAGAAGUGCCUUCCCACUACAAUGAGGGUGGUGUAUUGUUAGAUGAGGAAAAGUCUCUUGCGAUGGAGCUUGCCGCUUCAUCGGUGGAUGAACUUGUUAAGAUGUGCCAGGCUGGUGAGCCUCUUUGGAUCCGGAACAGUGAAAUUGGGAAGGAAGUGCUUAAUGUUAAAGAAUAUACCCGGAUGUUCCCAACGUGGCCUUUGAACCUCAAGCACCACUCAAGUGAUCAGUUUAGGACAGAAGCUACUCGUGAUAGUGCUGUUGUUAUCAUGAAUAGCAUCAAUCUUGUAGAUUGUUUUCUUGAUGCUAAUAAGUGGAUGGAGCUGUUUCCUUCUGUUGUUUCUAGAGCCAAAACUGUUCAAGUUAUUCAAGCAGACCCCUCUGGUCAAGCAAAUGGUUCUCUUCAGCUGAUGUAUGCCGAAUUACAAGUUCUUUCUCCUCUGGUGCCAACUAGAGAAGCACAUUUUGUACGUUAUUGUCAACAAAAUGCGGAGGAGGGAUGUUGGGCAAUUGUAGAUUUUCCCAUAGAUAGCUUCCAUGACAACCUCCAGUCUUCGUUUCCCCGAUACAAGAGAUUGCCCUCCGGCUGCCUUAUCCAAGACAUGCCCAAUGGAUACUCAAAAAUUACAUGGGUAGAACAUGCAGAGAUAGAGGAGAAGCCUGUCCACCAAAUAUUGAGCCACUAUGUCUACAGUGGGAUGGCUUUCGGGGCGCAACGCUGGCUUGCAAUCUUACAAAGGCAGUGUGAAAGGGUUGCAAGUCUCAUGGCCAGAAAUAUAUCAGACCUUGGAGUGAUACCUUCCCCAGAAGCACGAAAGAAUUUGAUGAAACUGUCACAGAGAAUGAUAAGAACAUUUUGUGUAAACAUGAGCACCUCCAAUGGGCAGUCAUGGACGGCUCUAUCUGAUUCCCCAGACGACACUGUUAGAAUAACCACAAGGAAGGUCACAGACCCUGGUCAACCCAUUGGUGUUAUUCUCAGUGCUGUGUCCACCACCUGGCUCCCAUAUUCUCACUACCGUGUCUUCGAACUCCUACGGGACGAACAUCGCAGAGCUCAGCAGCUUGAUGUUCUUUCCAAUGGGAAUUCCUUGCACGAAGUGGCUCACAUUGCCAAUGGCUCUCAUCCUGGCAAUUGCAUUUCUCUUCUUCGCAUAAACGUAGCGAGCAACUCAGCACAGAACGUAGAGCUAAUGCUACAAGAGAGCUGCACCGACGAGUCGGGCAGCCUUGUGGUGUACACAACCAUGGACGUGGACGGCAUCCAAUUGGCAAUGAGUGGGGAGGACCCUUCCUGCAUUCCCCUCCUUCCUCUCGGCUUUGUCAUUGUCCCACUGCACCCUAUGGAAUCUACCGGCCCAACACCCAAUCACCUCACCUCAUCAUCGCCAGAUCAUCGUCAAGAAAACAGCACUGCCACCACCACCACGACCAGCAAUGUUAUCAACUCAGGUUGUCUGCUGACUGUGGGACUCCAAGUCCUUGCCAGCACAAGUCCUUCCGCAAAACUCAACCUCUCCAGCGUCACCGCAAUUAACAACCAUCUCUGCAACUCGGUGCAGCAGAUUAUCUCCGCUCUCAGUAGCGGCAGCGACACGUGCAUUGCCGCUGCUACAACUGAGAAUGGCAGCGUUGGCGGCCGCGCCCCUUGCUCCGACCCAACUGCUUCCAGCCCCAGGCAAUAGCUUGGAUGGCCGGGACAUCCAGCUACGUGAUAAAUUACCCAAAAACCUGUCCUCUCUCCCAGCAGUCUGGCUUUUCUGUAAUCAUACUAAAUUUAGGGUUUGUGUCCGGGAGUUGUUAUUUCUACUGCAAACCAAAAAAAAAAAAAUCAUCCAGCAUUCCUUUAACAGCUAUUUACUGAUUCAGUAAGUAGUAAGUGAACCAUAAGGAAUGCAGCAUGAUUUUUUAUUUAUUGUUAAUUUGUUAAGUUUGUAAUAUCUUAGUAGUGGGAGGGGUAGGGAUGUCAAAGGAAGUUAAUAGGUGUGCCAGUGGUUUCUUGGUAAAUAAAGGAAAGAUGGCGGAGCUAGCUAGAGGAGCUGGUCUGGUAGCUGGUAGUUGGUAGUGGGUAGGUAAGUGAAGGUGGAGGGAGUUAAGAGGGAGUCAAGAGCGCACCACAGAAGAAGACCCUUUGGUUUUGCGGUGAGGUUCAGAAAUUAAAGAGAAUGGGCCUCACCAGUCUCUGCAAGGGGUGGUGGUUCGGGUAUUGACUUCUCCUUGUCUUUUGCCUUUUUUUUUUGGACGAACUUGUGUGUUGGCUUUUGUGUUUAUGACAAGGAUUCAAUGCUUCUGAAUUUUUUCAAUUACGAAAA